CAAAACCAUCUUCGGCCAUCAUCAAACAACCCAAACUCGGCAACAUGAGCACCUUCGCCUCCAAGCGCAAAGCGCGCGUUAUCCAGACCUUUGACGACGAUGUAAAUGACUUGAGCCCAUCAAAAUCCAACGGGACGGACGAGCAGAAAGCAUCUGAACCAACUGCCCCCGCGCGCAUCAAAUUCCGAUCGAAACCAGCCAAAUCGUCGGCCCUGCGAAAAAGCGUCCAUGUCGCCGACGAGGACAGCGGUACCGCUCGCGCGCUGUCAACGGCGACAACCACUGGAGAUGACGAGGACGCCGACUCUGGUGCGCCAGUGGUGGUUCGGCCGGCCCUGGGUCGGGCUGGGUCAACAAAACAAAAGAAACGACCAACGGCAGCGUCACGGCUCUCUUUUGGGGGCGCCGAAGAGGCCGGGGCCGAGGAACCAUCAGCAGGCGAGAAUCCAUUCACGCCCAAAAAGACACUGGGUCAGCGCGCGCUGGAAAACAAUGCCCUCCGAAGAUCCGCCUCACUCCAAAAUCUUGCGGGUACUCUGCCCAUGAGGUUUGGCGGCGGCGACGAAGACCGGCCAAAAUACAGCAAGGAGUAUCUUGAAGAGCUGCAAUCCUCCACGCCGGCAACACCUGCAAACGUCCAGAUUGUCGACGAUGUCGAUGCCAUGGACCUUGACCCAUCUGAGCUUGACGGUGCCCUCGUCGUUCAAGCCACUUCAUCCACCGACCUGGUCUCGCAAGGCCCAGCAGUAGCGGCACACGUGCUGAGCGCAGCCGAAAUCCGCGAGCGCAAAGACCGACGAGCCCGGUUAGCCCGUGAAGGCGUCGCGGCCGAUUUCGUCUCCCUCGACUCCGGCUCCGACUCGGAAUUUCCCCAGCAAUCCUUCUCCCGGGUGGCCAUCCCCUCCCAAAAGAAAAAUAAGUCUGACACGCGAUUAAUAAGAGAAGACGAAGAUCUCGGCGAAGGCUACGAUGACUAUGUUCAGGACGACCCUUUGGCUUUGGGCAAAAAGGCAGAGCGAGAUGCUGCAAGACGGCACCGAGCAGAAAUUGCAGAGCUGAUCAACGCGGCCGAAUCAGACGCCGAGUCGGACGACAGCGAGGCAGAGAGGCGAGCUGCCUACGAAGCCGCGCAGCGGAGAGCAGGAAUGGACGGCUUGCACAAACCAGAGGAGGAUGAGGAAAACAUAGCUGGCGAUGCGGUGCCGAGGAUGAAAUCGCUGCCCAAGCUGAACGAGGUUCUCAAGAGGAUGAACGAGAUUGUCCAGGGCUUGGAGCAUGAGUUCAAGCAGAAGCAGGUCGUCGUUCAGAGUUUGGAAAAGGAAAGGGAGGAGAUUGAGAAGCGUGAGAAGGAGGUGCAAGAAAUCCUGAACCAGGCGGGGGCAAAAUACCAGGCUGUUGCUGGGGCUGCAAACGGCGGCGGUGGUGGUGUAUCCCCUGUUGUGCCAGGCGAUGUCGCCAAAUUGGUGCAGGAGAGCAUCAGCGGCAGCGCAGUGGGACAGUCCCCAUUACGUCUUCUCCCUCCAGGCCUGGCAGGAGACAUGCCCAUGGAACGAGGUCUCGAGAGCUUCGGGACACCCACCCGGAAACCACAGGAUGAUGAGAUGAUGGACUAGUACUACAGAUACGCUUCCACUUCUGCAUAUUGAGAAACCAAUAAUGAAAGACACCGUCGUUGCUUUCUUCCAAAACAAAAACAAUACAAUAAACAAGUCCUAGGUACAUACCAAUGCCAACGCCAUGUAAACUGCUUCUAAAAAGAAAAAGACCAGUAUGAUACACUUGAGCCCUCAUCGCAGCCAACACUACCAAUCCCAACAAUACAGUCUCCGCCCUCGUGUCAUGUACCCCGUAAAAACCGUGAAUAACCGCGCCCAAUUGCGCGUAUGCAGCAAAAACCCAGUUCCAACACCAGUAAAACAUACAUCUUCCAACACCCUCCUCAACAACUCCCUAAGCAUAAAUCUCCCCUUCUUACAUCC